AUGACCAACACAGUAGCUUCAAGCGGCUAUGGUUUGUCUCGAGCCUACCAAUUGGACCUCAUUCAUUCAAUUAGAUUGGGAACGACAGCUGCACAUUAUGUCAACUAUGCAGACGUAGCUAUAGUUGUAGGGACACCAUUUAUAGGGGUCGUAGUAACCGUACUAAAGUUAGAUAAAUUCGUCAAAUAUUUUUACCACGUGAAUCAGUUCGACAACGAGGUCAAAAUUAAAUCGCUAGAUCUUAGCAAGUUUAAACUUGUUACUAUGUUCACAAUCAGUGUUGCCACGGUUCUCCUAUUUUACGAUUUAGCCAACUGGGUAAGGCUCGGUGCGCACAACGAGAAGUUUUAUAUCGUCUUCAUUUAUUUUUUCCCGUACUACUUGUCAUAUUUUGUUAUCAUUGUCAUCGAGUUGCUUUAUUGGCAUUUCACUUACUCAAUCAAAAUUCGACUAAAAGCACUGAAUGAAAAAUUCGGCGUAAUUACGACUGGAAACGAUAAGACACACAAGGGAAAGAACAACAACGCUGUGCACAUUUUCAAUGAGAAAGUGCCGCCGCUCAAAUUUGUAACCCAUUUAGAUGGCGAAAUGGGAGGUAUUAUCAAAGGAUACUUGCACUUGGUGUCGGCUGUGAAUUACGUGAACGACUGCUACGGCCCUAUAAUUUUGACUGUUCUUUUUGGGUGCUUUAUUCAUCUUCUGGUAACUCCUUAUGCACUUAGAACCAUAAUAAUGAACGAAGGCGGCACAAUAUUUAUAGUUUCUCAAAUACUAUGGUUGUUGGCACAUAUUACACGUUUACUGUUGGUAGUGGAACCGUGUAAUGGUUGCAAAGUGCAGAUGAAGCACCUGUCACUCGUAGUUUGUCAGCUACUGUUUUGUAACCCCGACAAAAAUAAAAAAAAGUCUCUAAAAUUGCUUCUGCUGUGUCUCUCUCUGUACGUACUUAUACAGGAACGACUCAGAUUAACUUAUUGUUGUAGAUCGCGGGGGCCGUUACCACAGUGUACACUUUAUUCUCACAAUUAUCUUCCAAUGAUCAAUUCUUCGGUCAAAGUUAGCCGAGAAAUAUUUGACACUCUGGCCCCUAUUCUCUACUUGAGUCGAAUCAUGUGUCUUCAGCCCUUGAAGUGGAAAAAGUCGGACUUUAGUUGUACCCUUAGCAAAUCUAAAACUUACAUUGUGUGGAGUUGUGUUACUCACGCUUUCAUCGUACUGUGUGCUGUGUUUGGCCUCUUCCAAGCCUACCACGUCGACGUCAUCUACUCCAUCAAACUCAAAAACAGUGCCGGGAAGUACGUUUGCUUCUCCGACGUCACAGUAGUACUAUCCACCUUUUCCAUCGGAGUACUGUCCACGUCGUUCAAAGUCCACAACUGCCUGAACUAUUUUCACCACUUAAGUAGAUUUGACAAUUUCGUCCAAAAGCCACCAUCGUCCACACGCAAGUGCCUACUAGUCACAGUCACGUCUGUAGUCAUAGUUCUGUCCAUUUUCACCUUCGAUUUGGCGGUUUGGCUCCAAAUCGGCUCUCAAAGUGAAAACGUCGCCGUUAUAUUCAUCUACUUUUUCCCGUACUACAUCGCCUAUUUUUCUCUAUUCGUAAUCGACUUGCUUUAUUGGCAACUAGUUUACUCCAUCAAGAUUCGACUAGUCAUUCUGAAUGAAAAACUGAAGGAAAUUCAAAAUGGCCGAAAAAUGAUAACGCUGACUAUGACUACAGGAAAGCUGGUUAAGUUUUCAGACCAAAUUGGCGACUUGAUGAGAGCUUACAAGAGUUUAACGGAAGCGGCAAAGUCACUUAAUGGUUGCUACGGUUUAGUGUCACUGAUCAUUCUGAUUGGGUGCUUAGUCCAUUUAUUGGCGACUCCGUACACUCUACGCAGCCUAAUCAUAAGCAACGGCAGUCGCACCUUUAUUGUCGCACAAUUCAUUUGGAUGGGUAUACACAUUUUACGCUUGAUGUUGAUAGUGGAACCUUGUCAUGGAUGUUCGGUUCAAUUGAAGGAAACCGCGGCGAUCAUUUGUCAGUUGAGACUCUCCAACACUGAGGACGAGUUUGUCAAGUCUAUGGAUUUUUUUCUGACUAUUUUGUCGCAGUGUCAGAUUGAGUUUAAUGCUUGCGGAUUGACCACAACUGACAGGAGUUUGAUACCGGCGAUUUCAGGUGCUGUUACUACGUACCUGGUGAUAUUAUUUCAAUUUAACUAAAUUAACUAAGCUUAACUUGCAAUCAAUCUGUCAAUAAAUG